AUGGUCUUUUCAGAGGCAUCUCUGCCUGUUCUGGGGCCCCAGAGCCCCCCCGAGCUCGCUGUCCUGGAGUCUAGGGUUUUGAUCAUCAUGACCGGAGGCACAAUCUGUAUGCAGCCGUCGCCGCAUGGAUUCGUCCCUGCAAGGGGAUUCCAGAACAAUUGCAUGGCACGGGUGCCGUGCUUCAACGAUGGCUCGGCUCCCACUGAAAUAGAUGUGGUAACGAAGGAAGGGCAAGAAAUGACAGCCCACCCCAGUCUGUGCACUCCAGUCACGACAUAUGGCCGUCAGGUGCGGUACACUGUCUACGAGUUCGAGGAGCUGCUGGACAGCAGCUCUAUCAGUGCUAAAGGUUGGGCGGAGAUCGCGCAGACGAUCUACCAGAACUACACCUUCUUCGAUGGGUUCGUUGUCCUGCACGGCACCGAUAGUCUCGCGUACAGCUGCUCUGCGCUGAGUUUCAUGUUGCAGAACCUGGGAAAGCCUGUGGUGCUCACUGGGUCCCAGGCGCCCAUGAUGGAACUCCAGAACGAUGCCACGGACAACCUGCUCGGCUCCCUGGUGGUGGCGGGCCACUUCAUGAUUCCCGAGGUGUGCUUGUACUUCAAUAAUAAGCUUUUCCGGGGAAAUCGCUCCACCAAGGUGGCUGCUAGCGACUUUGCUGCGUUUGCUGCGCCCAACUGCCCGCCGCUGGCCGUGACCACGUCGAUGCGAACCAAUGUGAACUGGGAUAUGGUGCACCGGCCGACGACGCUGGAGCACUUCCGCAUCCAAACGAACCUUGACACAGCUCAUGUUGCGUGCCUCCGCAUCUUUCCCGGUAUCAAGCCGGAGAUGGUGGACGCCGUCUUGAAGCUAGAUGGUCUACGCGGGUUGGUGUUGGAAACCUUUGGCGCUGGCAAUGCUCCAUCUGGCCAAGAUAACGCCAUGAUCAACGUGCUGGCUAGCGCCAUUCGACGCGGGAUUGUGAUUGUGAACGUGACUCAAUGCCUGACCGGGAGUGUCAGCCCCGUAUAUGCUACAGGCAUGAGCCUCUCCCGGGCUGGCGUGGUCGCAGGUCUGGAUAUGACGACGGAAGCAGCGUUGACGAAACUCGCCUACCUGCUCGCGUUACCAGAGUCCACCCCCGAGACCGUCGCAAAGAACAUGUCCGUGUCGCUCCGGGGCGAGUUGACCGAAUCCUCGCUGCCUGUCUUCCGUCAUCCGGACGGUGCGCUGCCCGAGCGCGUGCAGACGCUGACCGCAAUGGGUUACGCCAUCGCGCAAGGCGAUCUCGAACGGGUCAAGACGAUCUUGAAGACCGAACACCACUGGCUGCUGAACGACGCAGACUACUCGGGGAACACACCUAUUCACUUGGCGGCUACGUCCCCUGCCAUCUCGAUCCUGCACUUCCUCCUGUCGCAUGGGGGCUCGGUCCACUUGCGCAAUCGCAACGGACGCACGCCGCUGUUCCUGGCGGCCAACGCCGGCCUGUCCGAACAUACCUUACUGCUCCGUCAAUCCGGUGCUCAUUUGCAUGCUGACGAGCGACCGGCCGCUGAGCUCCUGGCCCGCCGCCGCCCUGGGAUCUGGAGUCUGGCGGGCCUUUACCCCCGCGAGCAGGACGAGGGCGACCAAAGCGCCGGGCGGAGUCGGACGAUGGCUGGGUCAGCCCCGUGA